AUGAACGAUGAAAGGAAAAGGGAACUGCAUGACUUCAAUGUUCGAGCUUGGAAUGGUGAGGAAGUCUUCCCCUUGAAAAGUAAAAAGCUAGAUUCAAGUAUAAAGAGAAACACCGGUUUUAUAAAAAAAUUAAAGAAGGGGUUUGUAAAAGGUUCAGAGGCCUCAUUGUUGAAAGAUUUGAGUGAAGCCUCCUUGGAGAAGUAUCUCUCCGAGAUUAUAGUCACCGUAACUGAAUGUCUGUUGAAUGUUCCCAAUAAGAAUGAUGAUGUGGUUGCCGCUAUUGAGAUCGUAAGUGGACUUCAUCAGAGGUUCAAUAGCCGGUUCACUGGCCCUCUUUUGGGCUCUUUUUUGCAAACUUUUGAAAAUCCUUCAGUUGACAUUGAAUCUGAAAGAGAUGAGCUUCAAAGGAUAAAUAGAAUCAAAGGAAAUCUUCGCGUAUUUACUGAGCUUUAUUUGGUCGGCGUAUUCAGGACAUUGGAUGAUAUUGAGUCGAAGGACGCCAUUCCGAAUUUCCUACAGAAGAAAAUUGGCAAAAAAGAUCCUUUACUGUUCAGUAUUCUAAGAGAGAUACUUAAUUAUAAGUUCAAGUUGGGAUUUACUACUACUAUAGCAACUGCUUUUAUCAAAAAGUUCGCCCCUUUUUUCCAUGAGGAUGACGAUUCUUGGGAUGGCUUAAUAUCAGACACAAAUUUGAAAUUUACCUUACAGUCUUUGUUCAAGAGUUUUAUAGACGCUACCUUUUCUAGGGCCACAGAACUGCAUAAAAAGGUUAGUAAACUUCAAAGAGAACAUCAGAAAUGUCAAAUAAGAACAGGGAAGCUGAGAGAUGAGUACAUAGAUGAGUAUGACAAGCUACUUCCAGUAUUUGUUAGGUUCAAAAGUUCUGCGACUACUUUGGGAGAGUUUUUUAAAUUAGAAACUCCAAAACUCGAAGGUGCUUCCAAUGACGACAUAAAAGAAAUCGCUUCUCCAAUGAUUACAAACCAGGUAUUACCACCCAAUCAAAGGUUAUGGGAGAAUGAAGACAUGAGGAAGUUUUAUGAGAUUUUACCCGAUAUCUCAAAAACUGUAGAAGAAUCACAAUCAUCCAAAUCAGAAAAGGAUUCAAAUGUGGCCUCGAAAAAUAUCAGUUCAUUUUUCACAGAUUUAGAAAUGGCAGACUCUAAAGAUAUAAUUGAUGAUCUCUCAAACAAAUACUGGUUAUCGCAUUUAGACAACAAAGCUACUAGAAACCGAAUACUAAAAUUUUUCAUGGAGACACAAGAUUGGAGCAAGUUAGCGGUAUAUUCCAGAUUCAUUGCAACUAACUGCAAAUAUAUGCCUGAAAUCGUUUCGGAGUUCAUCAACUACUUAGAUAAUGGAUUUAGAAAUCAAUUGCAUUCAAAUAAGAUUAAUGUAAAAAACGUCAUCUUUUUCAGCGAAAUGAUCAAAUUCCAAUUGAUACCAACAUUCAUGAUCUUUCACAAGAUUAGGACAUUAAUCAUGAAUAUGCAAGUCCCAAACAACGUAGAAAUUUUGACUAUUCUAUUGGAGCACUCGGGAAAGUUCUUACUGAAUAAACCGGAGUAUAAGGAAUUAAUGGAAAAAAUGGUCCAACUAAUUAAAGAAAAAAAAAAUGAUAGACAAUUGAACAUGAACUUGAAAGGUGCCCUGGAAAACAUAAUUACUUUACUUUAUCCACCUACUGUUAAGUCUUUAAAUGUUACGAUAAAAAAAAUAACACCGGAACAACAGUUCUACCGCAUUUUAAUUAGAAGUGAACUCAGCAACCUAGACUUCAAACACGUUGUCAAGUUAGUUCGUAAAGCACACUGGGGUGAUUCAGCUAUUCAGAAAACACUUUUCUCUCUCUUUUCAAAACCGCAUAAGAUAAGUUAUCAAAACAUUCCCCUAUUAACUAAAGUUUUAGGUGGUUUAUACAGUUAUCACCGCGACUUUGUCAUAAGAUGUAUAGACCAGAUACUGGAAAAUAUUGAACGCGGCCUAGAAAUUAAUGACUAUGGACAAAACAUGCAUAGAAUUUCGAAUGUGAGGUAUUUAACUGAAAUAUUCAACUAUGAAAUGAUAAAAUCGGAUGUUUUGUUAGAUACUAUUUAUCACAUUAUUAGAUUCGGUCAUAUCAAUAAUCAGCCCAAUCCUUUUUACUUGAACGAUUCAGAUCCACCUGAUAACUAUUUCAGAAUUCAACUUGUCACCACAAUUUUAUUAAAUAUCAACAGGACACCUGCUGCUUUUACUAAAAAAUGCAAGGUUUUGUUAAGGUUCUUCGAAUAUUAUAUUUUUAUCAAAGAGCAGCCCUUACCUAAGGAGACGCAAUUCAAGGUGUCAAGUACAUUCAAAAAAUAUGACAGUAUUUUCGACAAUGCCAGAUUUGAGAGAUCAGAAACCCUGGUUGAAAGUGCCUCAAGAUUGGAAAGUUUGCUGAGAUCAUUAACUACAAAAGGCAAAGAGAGCGAAGUUAAAGGAAUUUCCGCAAGCAUUGACGGUGAUAAUGAGAACGCAGCUUCUAUUGAGGCUACUACCGGAGAUGAUGAAGAUGAUGAAAAUGAUGAUGGUGUCGAUUUGCUAGGAGAUGAUGAAGAUGUGGAGACAAGUGCACAAGUCAUAGGGUCAGAGCCAGGAAAAUAUCAGGUGAAAAAAGACGAAAGCGAAGAGGACGAAGAAGAAGAAGAAGAUGAUGAUGAUGAUGAUGAUGAUGACGACGACGACGAUGACGAUGACGACGACGACGAUGAUGAUGAUGAUGAUGAUGAUGAUGAUGAUGACGAUGAUGAUGAUGACGAUGAUGGUGAUGAAGACAGCGACUCUGAUUUGGAGUAUGGUGGUGACCUUGACGCGGAUAGAGAUAUUGAAAUGAAACGAAUGUAUGAGGAGUAUGAGAAGAAGCUAAAAGAUGAAGAGGAAAGGAAAGCGGAGGAAGAAUUGGAGAGACAAUUCCAACAGAUGAUGCAAGAAUCCAUAGACGCGAGAAAGAGCGAAAAGGUCGUUGCUAGUAAAAUACCCGUAAUUUCGAAGCCAGCUAUCGUUCAAAAACCUUUAUUAAUAAAAAGGAAUGAGGAGCUUUCCUCAGACAUGGAGGGCUACGAAAAAUUAUCUAAGCCAAAAAAAAUUGCGUUUACAUUUUUGACUAAAAGUGGUAAGAAAACACAAUCAAGAGUUUUACAGUUACCAACGGAUGUCAAGUUUGUUUCUGAUGUCCUUGAAGAGGAAGAGAAGUUAAAAACAGAAAGAGAUAAGAUCAAAAAGAUUGUUUUAAAACGCUCUUUUGAUUGA